AUGGAGUUGGAUGGCGGUCGUCGCCCCUUGCGGCGGCCGUCGUCCGAUUCGGACGAGGUGGGCCCAUCUCGGGCGGCUCCCGGCGAAUGGCGCGGCAACCCCGUAAGCCGGCCUCAAAAGGCCGCGGGGAGUCCGCACGAGUGGCAGUGGCAGCGCAACGGACCCAGGAUUGCGCGCCGCUGCCAAAAAUUGUGUGGGGCCUCAGCCUCGGAUACGGAGGAGGAUGACUCCGUGGCCGGGAUUAGGGAGGCUUACCAGUCGGCCCUGAGGGAGGAACGUGUGGCCGAAGCCGCCCGCGCAGUGGAGGAGGAGACAGCGCUCCAGGAAGUGAGGAUCGUGGCGCCCUGCCCGAAAAUUGCGGCGCCAAAGUCGGCAAAGGUUCCCACAAAGAACCUCCUCCUUGAGGUGGCGGAGAACAUCCGUCACGUCUCAAAAGCGUCCCGGAACCUCAAAGGGACGUUUGUGAAGGCUCUCAGGGAGGAUGCCGCCAAGCUGCAGGAGCGCGCGGAAGAGCCCUCCUCCGCGGAAACCGCGAGACUGGAGGCCAUAAUAGCCUCCCUCGAGCGGAAGGUGACGGCACUGGAGGCUGCCUUGGCCACCCAGAACAAAAUCCUCGAGGAUUUUGUGGCCGGCGACCGCUCCAGGGAGCCGAAGGCGGCCUCUAAAAGGAGGAGGAUCGCCUCGAGCGGCAUGAGAGACGGAUGGAAGCUCUCAUGGAGAAAACGCUCGAGGCGAUCUCGGCCAAACUCGCCCCAGCGCCCUUCCCACGCUCGUCAGUGGCGUCGGUGGUGUCUGGCCCGUCCUGGCCAGCCGUCGGGGAGAGGAGGAGUCGGGCAGCAGCAACACUCGCGGCUCCGCCCAGAUCUGCUGACGUUCCAGCUCCUCGGCCCCCGCUCCUGCAGCCACACCUGUGGCCGAGGAGCCUGCCCAACGCCCGCCGCGUCGGCGUAUGCGGGGUCCAGGAGGAGAGCGGCGACGCCUCUGCCUCAAUCCGCUCCGGCCCCACAACAGUGGAAGAAGGGUGGACAGUGGUGGAGGCAGAAGGUGGUGCGCAAGGUUGUGCCCCAGCUUCGUCUUCCGAAGAAGGCUGCCGUCACCCUGACGGUAGCACCGGAGGCGGUAGAACGGGGCACGACCUACGCCCAGGCCCUGCAGGCGGUCAGGGGCAAAGUCGACCUGGCCAGCCUUGGCAUCGGGGUCGGCAUGAAGGCGCGACGGGUGGCCACCGGUGCCUACCUUUUCGAGGUGCCCGGACCUGAGUCCGAGGCGAAAGCCGACUCCCUCGUCAUCAAAAUGAGGGAGGCGCUCUGUGGGUUGGAAGACGUUCGCGUCUCCCGGCCCGUCAUGACGGCAGAGCUGCGCAUCUCAGGGCUUGACGAGUCCGUCACCCCUGACGAUGUCGCAACGGCUAUCGCCAAAAUCGGAGAGUGUUCGAUCGAGGACCUGAAGGUGGGCCAGGUCAAGAUCGAGCACUCGGGUCUGGGCGCCGCGUGGGCCCAGUGCCCGGCAAAGGUGGCGGAUAAGGUCGCCAGGGCAGGACGCGUCCUGGUAGGCUUCGUGUCCGCCGGGGUCCGGCUCCUUGAGCCGAGGCCCCAAAGGUGUUACAGGUGCCUUUGCCGGGGGCACGUAGGUGCUAAAUGCACCGCAGGGGUGGACCGCAGCGGGAUCUGCUACCGUUGCGGUCUUGAGGGCCACAAGGCCAAGGGUUGCUCCGCGGAGCCGCAUUGCGCAGUGUGCGCAGCUGCCGGCAAACCCGCGGGGCACAGGGUGGGCGGCAAGGAUUGCGUCGCCUCUUCGACCCUCCCGCAACCGUCGCGGAGGAGAUCGCAGGACUUGCUUGUUCAGAGCCUGGCGCAGUGGUCAAUCCACGUGGCUGUAGUCAGCGAGCCGUAUUUCGUUCCCCGGGAUGACUGGGCAGGGGACUCCGACGGCUCGGUGGCUGUCAUCACCCGGGGUGCCGCCGGCUCCCCGCCCUUCGAAAAGUAG